AUGGCGAGCUGCCACUCGCUCGUUCCUGCGUCCGACACAGUCGACGUUUCUGAGCACACAACCGUUCAUCCGGCGUCCUCGGUUUCCGCUUUCCCGUCGUCGUUAUCGUCUCAGUUGGACACUGCUGCACCGUCACAACGCGAUCUUCCAACCACUGCACCUGCUCUCGUACCCUGCACUCCGCUUAUGCAGAAGUCGUUUCGACUACCUACCCUUCCGUCUCCUCCCAUUUCAUCCCCUGCGGUCGUUUCAGGGGUCCCUGAUGACACCGGCAAUCGUCCGCUGCGUGAAAAGCUGCAGCUAUAUCUGCGUGACCCUUGCUUUGUCCGACUGUGCACGGAGCUUGAGCGGGUUAUCGAUGCGUCCUAG